UCUCUCCUCUCCAAAAAGAUAUGGUCCAGCUCCUGCUCGCCAUCUCCGUCUCCAUCUCCACCUUUGCGCAAAGCCGCGCGCGCUGCCGUUGCGUGCCUCUCCCCAAGCUAGCUUAGCUUAGCUUUUUUUUUUUUCUCUCUUUUCCUCUCGGUGCGCUUCCCUUCCUAGCCUACCUAGCCUACCUAGCCUAGUCUAGCUCCUCUCCUCGUCGGCCUUGUCCUGCAGCUUUUGUUGCCUCAGCUUUCCGCCUUUCCGUCGCGCGCCAAACCGGCGGGGUGGGGGGACUCGCGCGCGCCGCGCCGCGCGUGUAAAGGCUGCCCAUGGCGCACGAUCCGAGUCUAGGGUAUGCUGACUACUUCGCGGCGGAGGUGGACGGCGCCGGCGGGGCGGAGCUGUACGGGAUACAGGCCCACCAGCAGCAGCAGCAGGGGGUGGCGGAGAUGUUCGGGGUGAGGGGGCUCAUGCCGGCGGCGGCGGGGCAUCACGCCCACAGCAAGGGCGCGCUCGCCGGCGGCGUCGACGACGGGGCAGCGCUGCCGACGGUCCACUUCGGUGGCCUCGGGGAGCUGCACCACCACCGGCAGAGCCAGGCGCCGCUGUCCCUCUCGCUCCACAGGCCGGCGGCGGAGGCGGCGACGUCGCUGCUGAUGCAGCAGCAGCAGCACCAGCCGUCGCCGGCGGCGGGCGCGUGGCAGCUGCAGCAGGGCGCGUGGCACCUCCGCGGCUCCAGGUUCCUCCUCCCCACGCAGCAGCUCCUGCAGGAGUUCUGCAGCCUCCCCGCCAAGACCACCACCACCCCGUCGUCGGCCGCACCCAAGGCUCCUAAGGCUGCGCAAGAAGACGGCAACGGCGGCGGCGGCGGCGGCUCGUCGUCCUGGACAGCGCCGACGCAGAUCCAGUCCAUGGACGCCGCCGAGAUGCAGCGUCUCAAGGGCAAGCUCUACACCAUGCUCGAAGAGGUGGAUAGGAGGUACAGAAGGUACUGCGAGCAGAUGAGGGCGCUGGCGGCGUCGUUCGAGGCGGUGGCCGGGGAGCGGGCGGCGGCGGCGUACACGCGGCUGGCGUCGAGGACGAUCUCGCGGCACUUCCGGUCGCUGAGGGACGGGGUGGUGGCGCAGCUGCAGGCGGUGCGGAAGCAGCUCGGGGAGAAGGACACGGCGGUGCCCGGGAUGACCAAGGGGGAGACGCCCAGGCUGCGCGUGCUCGACCAGUGCCUCCGCCAGCACAAGGCCUACCAGGCCGGCAUGCUCGAGAGCCACCCAUGGCGCCCCCAGCGCGGCCUCCCCGAGCGCGCCGUCUCCAUCCUCCGCGCUUGGCUCUUCGAGCACUUCCUUCACCCGUAUCCAAGCGACGUGGAUAAGCACAUCCUUGCGAGGCAGACCGGCCUAUCACGCAGUCAAGUGGCGAACUGGUUCAUCAACGCGCGGGUGAGGCUGUGGAAGCCAAUGGUGGAGGAGAUGUACGCGGAGGAGAUGAAGGACGAGGAUGGCAGUGGCGGCGCCCAGUCGCAGGCCAGCAACCUGCAGAACCCUAACCCUAGCAGCUACACCUCGGAGGGGCGCGGUGGCGGCGGCGGCGGCGAGGAGCGCGGCGAGCAGAAGCCGUCGCGGGCGCAGCUGCUGCACGACGCCGGCUCCCUGGCCUCCGUCGUGAGCAUCGGGAGCGGCGGCGGCGGCAUCGGGCACGGCGCUGGCAGGAUGGUCGAUCACCAUCAUCAUCAGAGCCUUAACUUUGGGAUGAUGGACCAGCUCGACUUCGACGCGUACGAGGCGGCCGGCGGGCAGGGGUUCGGCGGCGGCGGCGGCGUAUCCCUGACGCUGGGCCUGCAGCAGCAGCACGCCGACCCUCACGACGGCGUGAACGUCGCGUUCGCGGCGGCCCCGCCUUCGUCCUCCGGCGCCGCCGCCGCGGAGUACCUAUUCAUGGGCGGCGGCGGCGAGCACCAGCAGCAGCAGCAGCUGCCUCAAACCCAGUUCGGCGCCGUCAUGGAAGCCGACGCCGCGUCGCACUACCGGAGCCUCAGCGCCACCGCCGCCGGGUUCCACCUCCUCCACGACCUCGCCGGGUGAACCAUCCAUCCAUCCCACAUCAAACAAACAGCACCGUCGUUCCUCCCAUCAGGUAGACCACGCCGGCCGGCCGGAACCAAUCGCCGGCGAUCGAUCAACCCCCGCAUUAAAUCACAGGCGCACGCGCGCUCGAUCACCACCGCCCAAUUCGCGCAUGCUUAGGGUGGGAUUAAUUGGGAGGUUAGCUAGCUAGCUAGGCUGACGAUGAUGUGAUUGACGGGGACGCGCCACCGCGCGCGCGCGGGCGGGCGACACCGGCAUUGGCGCGGCGAGCGCGCGCGCUCUCUCUCUCUCUCUCCUGUACAUGUACGUACGUACGCUGCUUGCUGCUUGGAUUUAUUUUUGUUAGCGAUUUAGAUUGCUGGCCUCUCGCUCGAUUUCUUUCUAUUAAUUUUCUUGGCAGCGCGUCUCUGUCUACGUAUAUAUGUAUUUUUUAAAAAAAAAUCUCGACCGUCGCUAUUGCCGCGUACGUACGUCGGGCUCGGCGUGCUAAUUGCUACGUGCACCUGGGUUAGUUUCACCCAUGGACGCAUCCGUGCAGUGUGCAUGUACAGUACGGGGAGCUUUCGUACAGUCUGGACACAGCUGCUGCUGCUGCCAAACGUUUGGAACGUACGGAAUGAAAGAGAUUCGUGUUGGGUCGUACGUGUGCAGGAUCGAUCGUGAUGCAUGGCUCAAUCGAUCCGAAUGACUGAUGAACAGUUUAGUUCGAUCGAUCGAUCUCUGCCGACCUGUGUACAGUAGUCGAUUUAAUCCUCAUGGCCGACUCAAACAGUCAGGCUGCAUUGAUCGUCCAACGUGUAUGCUCCUAGGAAAUGCCUAUACGUCCAGCAAAUGUGUUCUUUCUUACUGAAAAUAAAAGACGGAAGAAUUUCUAAUUUUAU